CACAAGAGAACCACAAAACCAAGAUGGCGGUGCAGGAGACAGCAUCUCAACUGUCCAUGGCUCUCAAAGUCCAAGAAUACCCCACCCUGAAGGUCCCGUACGAGACUCUGAACAAACGCUUCAGAGCAGCUCAGAAGAAUAUAGAUCGGGAGACAAGUCACGUGACGAUGGUGGUGGCGGAGCUGGAGAAAACCCUGAGCAGCUUCCCAGUGGUUGACUCUGUGGUGUCACUGCUGGAUGGGGUGGUGGAGAAACUCAGCGCCCUCAAAAGGAAGGUGAGGGAUACAGAUGUAUACAAACAGGCUGCAGAGUCCAUCCAGGCAGAAGACGAGAGUGCCAAGCUGUGUAAGCGUCGCAUCGAGCACUUGAAGGAGCACAGCAGCGACCAGCCGGCCUCAGUCAACCUCUGGAAGAAGAAACGCAUGGAUCGCAUGAUGGUGGAGCAUCUGCUGCGCUGCGGCUACUACAACACAGCUGUUAAACUGGCCAGACAGAGCGGUAUAGAGGAUCUGGUGAACAUUGAAAUGUUCCUCACAGCUAAGGAGGUGGAGGAGUCUCUGGAGAGGCAGGAGACCGCCACCUGUUUAGCCUGGUGCCACGACAACAAGUCUCGCCUCCGUAAAAUGAAGAGUUGUCUUGAGUUUAGUCUGAGAAUCCAGGAGUUCAUCGAGCUCAUCAGACAAAACAAACGCAUGGAUGCAGUCAGACAUGCCAGGAAACACUUCAGCCAAGCAGAGGGUGGACAGUUGGAUGAGGUUCGGCAGGUGAUGGGGAUGUUGGCCUUCCCAUCAGAUACACACAUCUCUCCAUACAAGGAUCUUUUGGAUCCAGCCCGCUGGAAGAUGCUGAUCCAGCAGUUUCGAUAUGACAACUACAGACUGCACCAGCUUGGAAACAACUCUGUGUUCACUAUAACCCUACAGGCUGGGCUGUCUGCCAUCAAGACACCUCAGUGCUACAAGGAGGACGGUACCUCAAAGAACCCAGACUGCCCGGUGUGCAGUAAAUCUCUAAACAAGUUGGCCCAGCCGCUGCCCAUGGCCCAUUGUGCCAACUCCAGACUAGUUUGCAAGAUCUCCGGAGAGGUCAUGAAUGAAAACAACCCUCCGAUGAUGCUUCCUAAUGGAUACGUGUACGGCUACAAUUCCCUUCUGUCCAUCCGCCAAGAUGACAAAGUGGUGUGUCCCAGAACCAAAGAAGUCUUCAACUUCUCUCAGGCUGAGAAGGUCUACAUCAUGUGAUCACUCAGAUGAGCCCUGUCUGAACGUCGACCUGAUGGAAAACGGUCAACCAUCACCUGUGACCUGCCACCCGUGGAGCUGUGAUCUAGUGCCCUACCACCCUCCCCCCCACACAGACACACGCAAAAUACCCUACAACCCCUCCCCACCCAGAAUUCCAUGAUUGAUUCCUUUUCAACCACUCCCCCCCCACCCCCCAACUCUAUCACACAGAAACUGGGCUCGACUCCUUUCAGACUGUUUUAGCAGUGGCUACAAGUCGUUCGAUCUGAUUCAUUCAAGCACAUGGACUAUUAACAUCAUUAUCUUACAAGCCUUCACUCUCCAGAUUAAACACGAGAGGGAAAGGACUGAGGGGUCGAACAAACGACUAGAUAGAUGUUUGAUUUUACUACAACAAAUAAAAUCCUGUUGAGGUUACUUUGCCUUUUUUCCUUUUACUAGUCGUGUUCCUUUGUUACUUAAAUAACGUGGCAGGACUGUGUUGACUCACAACAUUAAGCAGACCAACACGUGAGAGUUGGGCUUUUCUUUUAAAGACAAACAUGGCUGCCUGGUCUCAUAGCAGCAUCUUAUUAUGUGAUGCAUGCUGUUGUCUUUUAGCCAUGUGCUGUUUGAUGGAUUGUUGAGGGCAUAUAUUAAUUGCCUCCUUUAAAACUGCCUAGUAACAUUUUUGCAUUUCACCCUGUUUGGCUGUGAAACCGGAGUCUGAUUGGGCUGCUCCUUUUCAAAUGUAAAUAUUAGUUAGAAAUUGGUCGUCCUCAUGUGUAAAUUCUGGGGUGUUUUUUGGGGACAAGUAACGACGACGAAGAUUAACCUCCUGCAAAGAUGUUGUGUGAGCUGAACAAGUCUUUUCUUGGCUGUUGACCUGACAUGACCUGCAGUAUCCUCCAGUUAACUGGUUGCCCGGUGUAACUCAUCGAUGCUGAGGAAGCUGUUAGUUUCACACACUUGGUAGUGUCAGUUAUAGUGUAUUUACUACCAAAAUGAAAACUACACAACAUUCAAACAAGACAACCAACUUUGUUUGGAUAAAAAAAUUUGUCUUCCUUUUUUGUGAUUUUUAUUUUUCAUUUUCAGCUCGUCUUUAUUUUCUUCAGCUAAACGACUGGAAACGAUUAAGUGAUAUAAACAUAAAACUGUCCCAUAAAUUAAACCUUACUGAAAUGUUUUUAAUUUCAUAAUUAAACUUGUUUUUAAUUUUAAUUUCAUAUAUAUUUCUUAUUCCAUUACUAUUUUUCCAACAAGAUAUCCAAGGACUGCAUUUUGUUUUCUCUUCUGCAUGUGUUAAGGCUGCUUUUGGUACCAACACUAAAGAGUUUACCCGGCAUAAAACUACACCAAAAUCAUCAGUAGUUAAUUUCUGUCAUGCACAAUCUUUUCUUUACGUCGGUUGAACCAUCUUGCUUUACUUGCAGUUCGAGAAGUUAAAACUCUUUCUUUUAGUCUUGCAAAAACAUGACCUGACCGUUACAACUUUUUCUAGACGAUGGACUGAAAAUGGGAACAGCACAUGACGUACUCAAACCUGGAAUGUGAAUCAGUCGGACAUGAAAGUUGACUUCAGGGUCAGCUAACGCACAACUAAUUCUUACAUGGUAGAAAUGUAAAGACACCCAUUCAAAACAAUCCAAAAAUGCAGUUUUAUUUUAAACAUGAUCAGUCUUGUGGUAAGUCGUUAAUUCCAUUUGUUGUUUAUGGACAAACCAAAAGAUGCCUCAUUUGUGUCCCAUUAAUGGUUUGGAACUGUAUCUGUAAAGAGACACAGACUGUCCUGUGUGUUUGUGUUGGUAGAAUAGAUAAAGGGGUUGUUUCAUAGCAAUAUGCCUCAUAAAGAUUUCAGUGAACUUUGAA